GGGAGGGAAAAAAAAAAGCCGGGAGAGAGGGGAGGUGGGGGAUUGAUAAACGCAGCGCCGAAGCCUCUGGCUCGGCGGCGCCCGGGAUGCGGCUCAACUGCUCUGCUUCCGGCGGCACGCCGCUGCGGGAGGCCCCAAUGGCGCGGGAUUGAUCGUUAAGUUCCUCAGGUGCCGGCGGCGGUUGAAGGUCAGACCUUGCCGGUGGAAUGUACGGGCGGCAAGGCCCGUUACUUCUCCCGCAAUUCGAGAUCGGCUCCCCUGAUUGCGCCCGCUUCUUGGUUGCUUCGGAGGUUCAAUCCUGAAUUUGAGAGAAAAAGGGAUUGUUUCCAGUUUGCUUUGCUUGUGUGGAUUUGGCUGCUGGAAGAUUCAUGCAGCCUUUAGGAUUGCUGUAGAGUCGUUGUGAAGUUUGAAGGCUGCUCUGGUCAUGUUGGGGGACCAGCGCAUGAUAUUGGCCUUAGACUCAGCAACCUCAUCAAGCUCGGCCCCUGGUUUGACCCUCUCUGAAGAUCUCACUUCUGGAAGCAGUAACUGUGUGACUGAGAGCCUGCAGGUGCCGUGUGCACAGAAGGGAGGACAGGUGGAGGGUCUGGUGAAUUGUUAUAGGAAAAAGAAUAAGGUCGGCAGUGGUUCGGGGAAUCCUGCAAUCGAAGGUUGGGGCUCCAAUAUGGAGGAUGGUGAUCAGAACGGCGAAGUCAACACAAGUGAACUCAUCAGCGGGAUCGGCCGGGAGUUGGCAAUCUCCUGCCUGCUCCGUCUUCCCCGAUCUUACUAUUACGAUGUGGCAUGUGUUAACCGGUCUUUCUACUCCCUUGUAAGGUCUGGGGAACUUUAUAGGUUGAGACGGGAGGCCCGGAUUGUCGAGCAGAUGAUCUAUUGCUCAUGCAAUGUGCUCGAGUGGGAUGGUUUUGAUCCGUGCCGCCAAAGGUGGUUCAGCAUCCCUUCCAUGCCUCCCAUAGAAUGCUUCACACUAGCUGAUAAAGAAUCCCUGGCCGUGGGCACCAAUAUCCUUGUCUUCGGAAGGAGGGUGGAGGCCCAUGUUGUGCUGAGGUAUAGCCUUCUAACUAACUCCUGGACAACAGGAGAGAUGAUGAACACACCGAGGUGCUUGUUUGGCUCAGCAAGCUUCGGCGAGAAGGCUAUUGUAGCUGGUGGUAUUGGUGAGAAUGGUACAUUGAGCUCUGCUGAGCUUUAUGAUUCCGAGAUGCGGACAUGGACCACUCUUCCAAGCAUGAACAGGGCGCGGCAGAUGUGCUCUGGUUUCUUCAUGGAUGGCAAGUUCUAUGUCAUUGGCGGGAAGUCUGAGAAGCACAACGAGAUCCUUAGUUGUGCUGAGGAGUUUGAUUUGGAGAAUGGCACCUGGCGAUUGAUCCCUGAUAUGGCGCGGGGCCUUAAUGGUGGGUGUGGUGCUCCACCUCUUGUUGCUGUUGUGAAUAAUGAACUUUAUGCUGCUGAUUAUGCUUCAAGGGAAGUUAGGAAGUAUGACAAGGAAAAUAAUUCUUGGAUCACUCUUGGGUCAUUACCUGGGAGGUAUACAUCAGUACAUGGCUGGGGCUUGGCUUUUCGCAGUUGUGGAGAUAUGCUCAUUGUCAUUGGUGGAAUGAGUCUUGGUGGUAGCGGGGUGAUUGAAAUUUGUUCCUGGGUACCCAAUAAUGGAUUGCCUGAUUGGAAGAUCAUUGGCACCCGCCAUUCCGGAAGCUUUGUAUACAACUGUGCUGUGAUGAAUUGUUGACAUACAAGGUCUAUUACAUUAUUAAAACUGUACAUCUUGACCAAAAGGAAGGAUAAAGAAGGCAAAUUCUGCUGAGCCUGUUUACUCCUUGGUGGGGGAAUAUCUUCCCUCUGGCAUUUUAGGCUGAGCUGAAGGUUGGAUAGAACUUUCUCAUGUAGCUUUUUACUUGCUUAUGUCUAAUCUCUUCAUUUUAAUUCCAUUUGGAGGGCCUGCAAUUGGUUUCCGGAAAGUGGGACAUGCAGUGCAGCAUUAGAUUAAUAAUUCGGUGCAACCUCAAACAUUUUGAUCUUCCCUGGGUACCUUGAUCAAAGUUUUUUAGCUCCAGAGAUUAGCCUUACAUUGGCAAAUCAUUUGCCCAUAGAUUGUAAGAAAUAAAGGAAGAAAGAAAUAUGUCCUUGUUGACAAUUGUUGUCUUUUCUUGGUUAAUAGUGAUUGGAGAUAAUUGUGAAACAUUUCCUUGUAUUUUAUGCAAGUUUUUGCAAGAUCUGUAGAGUAUGAGGAGCAUGAGUACUCAUCAGUUGUGCCGUGUUAUGCUACUAAUGGUGUCUGAU